UCAUGGAAUUGCCAGACGGGUAUUGAGAUGGGAUUCCUCGUCAGCGCAUGAUGUCACCGUUUCAUGACGGUCAGGCGUACGGGCGAUACGGUGGAGCCCCGUGACCCCCACGCUAGAGACGAAAGAUGAUUCUCCCGCCUUCGCCGUCGCUUCUGCUGCUGCUUCGUCUCCGCUCAAGUCCGUGGGAUAACUAUAAGAGUACGCUGAGCAGUCCCCUCAACGUCGGAACGUUGAAUUCUCUGCGACGCACAUUCUGCCCGGACUCACCGUCGAUCUGCCGAUGUUUGCUGCCGACCGAAAAUGAUGGGUGCCGGUACUUUUGCCCCGCGGCGGUCAAUUUUGGAUCGGUCGAUUUCUCACUGGACCCAUGUUUCCGCCCGGUGGUACCUGAAAUCCGACACGAUCCCCCCUCUGGUGGCCAUUCGCAGACAAAGACCGCCCUGCACUCAGUCCGGGGAAGCCUGGCUCUGACGCUGACUGGCGACUGUCGACCCCUGUCGCUUUUUUACCGCAUGAUCACCGUCCUCUCCAACGGCACUACUGAUUUCCAGACGUCUGUGCCAGCCUAUGGUGGGUUUUCCUUGGUAAAUCCGCUCUUUGUUGUGCAUCCCUUAGCCUUUCCGUUGGGCGCGCAUCAUCUCCCAUGUACUGUGCAACACUCUUGAUUUUCGAGUCAAUUUUCGGAUUGCUGCAGGAGGGCCGGGAUUCUCCCCGACUUUUUGAGUCAAGGUCUCAACUGAAGUCGUCGCCAGCCCAACAAAGUCUAAUAUGUGUAGGCUCGUGACCGUCCAAGCACCUGGUUCGGAAAGACUCAGGACUCAAGGAGCGAUGAUCGUGUCGGUUG